AUGGGUCUGAUUCAAGGCUGCUGGCGCUUAGUGGGACUUUUUCUUGCAGAAAAGGGUCAAAUUGCUGUGAACGUCUUUACUGGAGCAUCGGUAUUGGACUACGAUGCUUCUUUUACUUGGGAAGUGAAGUUCGUUGAUGAGCUUUUGUCACCGGCAAGCACUUGCAUCGCGUCAGCAUCAGAGCCAAUCAUCUUGCCUUCUACCGUGGAUUAUGACGAAGCUGACUAUGAAGUUGAGCUUGCAAUAGUCAUCGGGAGACUGUGCAAGAAUGUCUCAGUAGGUGAUGCUAGCAACUACGUCCUGGGCUGUUCUGUUGCGAAUGAUGUGACUGCCCGCAAACAUCAAGAGAAGGCCUCGCAAUGGUCUUACGCGAAUGGAAUGGAUGGUUUCUGCCCUCUCGGGACAUGCAUUGUUUCGUCCAAUCAAAUCCCGUAUCCCUCUGUUCUGCAACUGCGCACAUACCUUAACGGAUGA